CUGCUGUUCCUGCUCGAGUGGGAGCUGAGAAUCACCGAGCACGACCUGUACCGCGAGCUCGACUUCUUCCUGGAGCCUGUGCGCAUCAAGAUUGCCGAGAGGCACGCGCGCAAGAUGCGCCACCGCGAGGAGAAGAAGCGCCAGCAGGAGAUGUACGCCGCCGCCGCUCGGUAUCCCAGCCCGGUCUCCAUCCGGAGCUCCCGAUCUCGCCAUGCUAGCCCUGAUCACUACCGCACCCACAGCAGCAGCGGCUCCAGCCACGGGUCCAUCACCCCUCCCAGCCUGGUCUACAGCUCCGCCAGCUCGUAUGCCUCGUCCAUCGCCUCCAGCAGACAGCAGUCGCCGUCUCCGUACAUGUACGGUGCCAGCCAGGGCAGCCUGUACGACUCGCCCGUCGUGGUCAUGGACCGAGACGAGCCCAAGACGCAUGCGCCCAGCGUCCGAAUGCUCUCCUACGACAUCUCCGUCGAGCCCUACGAGCCGAUGAACGAGGUGACGACCAAGAAGCGACACAGGCGCGCAUUGUGGGAGCGUCUCAUCGGCUCUGCCGCCGUUGCUGUCCGAUAA